UAUAUGCAAUUGGCAACCACAAAAUCAGAGGAGGCAAGACGGAGGAUAAGUAUCAAACAACCUGAAAUCGAUUCUUACCUAUCCAACCUCCCGGCACAUAAAAGGAAAGUGAUCAUGCGGUACCUACGACGCACGAUUAAAGAAGACAAAGAUUUCGAUGUCAAACGCCUGUUUUCUCUUCUUGAAGAGCAUACUGAUCAUGGUCAACACAAGAGCGAGACAUUUGCAGAAUGGGUGACCAAAAUAUUGGACGUGAAAAAACAUGACAGGAAUACAUCAGAGCUAAAGGCAGAGUUGUGGAUAUCAAGAAACAGAAUUCCUCAUGAUAUAAAGCAGAAGAUUAUGAGAUAUGUACGGCUGAGAUUGCAAGAAGGCAAAGAUGUAGAUAUCAGCAAUCUUCUGCCUAUUCUUCCCUUUGCACUUGGAAUGUCUGUCAAGAAACACCUUUGCUUCCCUAUGUUGAAAAAA